AUGUUCACGGUUGAAAGAAUACCAGAGUCUUUCAAAGUCUCUAUCACAACACCGAUUUCCAGAUCAGGUGAUGAAAAACGUAUGACCAAUUAUAGACCGAUAACCUUGAUUGAUAAAUUUACAAAAAAAUUUGAAAGAUUUCUCAAGAGUAGAAAAAGAAAAUCGAGUGAGAAUGCUGUCUUUGAAUUAGUCAAUCACAACGAUAAUUGUUUUCAGAAUCAGGUAAAAUGCUCAACUGUGUUUCUGGACUUGGCCAAGGCACUCGAUACUGUUGAUCACAAUAUAAUUCUACAGCGUUUGUCUGACACAGGCGCAAGAGUUCAAGGCCGGGUCCCAGUACACUACCUCAACACUUUCAACAGAGAUGUCAGUGGUCAGUACAGACACGACAAUUCAGGGGCCUAUAAUAACGAUGACGGUCAGUAUCACCCAGAUGGCAGCGGUGCAUAUAAUCCGGAUAAUUUGGGAGGAUACCAAAAUAUCAUCAAUAACGCAUAUUCGGACAAAGUCAAUGCAGGACGACCCAUCGUUACUGCGAGACCUGUUCAUUCUGUCCCAAUUCAUUCCGGAUCUAGUAAUGGUGUCGUUAGAGACCAUAUUCCAGCUUCUAAUAAUGGACAUUACGCAAUCAUCCGCCAAGUCCAGGAGAAUCAACAAGAUGGAUAUCACUAUGUAUAUGAAACUGAAAACCAAAUUUACGGGGAAGAAGAAGGCCAUUUGGAGAAUGUAGGAUCAGAUCAAGAAGGAAUAACUGUCAGAGGUAGAUAUUCCUAUACUGGACCAGAUAAUGUUGUCUAUUCUGUGGAAUACACCGCUGAUGCAGCACAUGGUUUCGUUGCUUCAGGAGCCCAUUUGCCGCAAGCAAAUAAUGGACAAUCAUCCUAGGAAAGAGAACAUUGACAAAAACUAGUAUAUGCCAUUUCUGUAAACUCCCUUUCUUCAAGUAAUUGAAACUAUUAAGUUGAUGUUAAUAGCCAGGGGAUAGAAACACGUUGUAAAUAAAUGUAUACUUA